ACGGACGCACGUUCGUAUAUGCUUCUCGGCUAUCUAUACAGUUAUACGUUUUCUUUUUAAAUUGUACUGUCUUUUUUAAUUUUACUUUUAUACCUCUGUUUUAUUUUACUAUGGAGGACACUAGUUCUUCUGAUGAAUUGGACGACAAAGUUUUUAAAUCUAUCAAUGAAAUUAAUUAUCUUAGCGAUAAUAAAAUGAAACCACUCACUACAAAUUUAGAAAUAUUGAGAUCAGCAAAUCAUAAUUUUUCAUUUUCUGUGUAUAAGGAAGUAGCUAAAACUGAAACGGGAAAUAUUUUCUAUUCUCCAUUCGGUAUUCAUUUGAUUAUGUUUAUGGCUAGUACUGGAGCAGCUUCAAAAACAUUUGAUGAAAUGGUAGCCACUUUACAUCUAAAUGAAACUUCUUAUUCAAUGGAAGCAUAUAGACAAUUAUUGGAAGACUUAACAAGUGCAAAUUAUAAUCUAAAGCUGGCAACUGGAAUGUUUGUCGAUACAGAUUUCGAUGUUAAAGAUAGUUUUGUGGAAAACUCUAAGAAAUAUUUAAAAUCUUCAAUGGAAAAAUUGGAUUUCAGGAAUGACCCAGAACGACAGCGUCGAUAUUUAAAUAAUUGGGUUUUAAUCCAAACAAAUAACAAAAUCAAAGAUUUUUUUUCCUGCAAAGAUUCAAUUACUAAAGACACUGCCUUAGUAUUAGUGAAUGCUGUGCAUUUUAAAAGCGAUUGGGCACAUACAUUUAAACAUGUUUAUGAUGACUUUUUUUAUGUGACUCCAAGCAACAAAGUAACGGUCAAAAUGAUGACUCUCACACGUGAUUUUCAAUACUUACAUGAUACUGUUCUGAAAUUCAAAGCACUCGAAUUACCUUAUAAACACCAUGGUUUUAAAAUGACAAUUUUACUACCCGAUGAUAAAAAUGGUUUGAAGAAUCUAGAAAAUAAUUUUUCAAAAUUUAAAAUACAUGAGAUUUCAGAGAAAAUGACCCAAAAUUAUGUUAAGGUCAAAUUACCUCGUUUCAAAAUAAUACAGUCACUGGAAUUAGAUAAAACAUUAUCCAAUCUUGGAUGUCCAACAAUGUUUACACCUGGAGCUGCAAACUUUUCUAACAUCGUUGAAGAUGGUAAACUGUAUGUAACUAAAAUCUCGCAUAAGGCAUAUGUUGAUGUAAAUGAAGAUGGAACUGAGGCUGCAGCAGUUACAAGUAUACAUAUGAAUGCUGGGUCAGGACGUUCUAAAGAUUUCAUUGUUGAUCAUCCAUUUAUAUUUUUUAUUUCAACUAUGUGUAAUUUCAUUUUAUUUGUAGGUCGAAUGACCAAAAUUGAUUAAGUGGCACAACAUUAUUUGAUUAAUUUGAAUUGGCUCAAUAUUUUGUGCACAGCAUUAUUUAUUUUGUAUCAUAAAUAUUACGUUUUUUAAAUUAUUUUGUCAACACAUUUUAUUGAUUUAUAAU